UAAGGGAGUAUCUGAAAAAUGUCUCGCUUCUUGGCCGGAACUUUGUCUGCCAUUUCUGGUAUUGUGAUUCUUGGAUCACUUGUGAUCGCCGGUGUCUUGUUCAAUGACAUCAACACUUUGUACUUUGAUGUUAUGGAUGAUAUGCACGAGUUUAAGCUCCUCGCCGAUGACGCGUGGAACAAGAUGAUCACCGUUGAGCACAAUGCACCAAACACCUUGGAUAGCUUGUUCAAGCGCGGAAAGAGACAGUCCGGCUCGUCAUGCAACUGUGGGCCACAGCCAAGCAACUGCCCAGCUGGACCAGCAGGACCACCAGGAGAGCCAGGACAGCCAGGAGACGACGGUGCUCCAGGAAAGGCCGGAGACAACGGUCACGACGGAAUCCCAUCCCCAAUUGACGCAUAUGCCCAACACGACUGCAUCAAGUGCCCAGCAGGAGCCCCAGGACCAGCAGGACCCGACGGAGAGGCUGGAGCCCCAGGACCAGACGGACAGCCAGGACAAGACGGACCAGCUGGAAUUGACGGUGCCCCAGGAGAGGCCGGACCACAAGGAGAUGCUGGAGCUGCUGGACAAGACGGAGAGGCCGGAGCCCCGGGCCCCGCUGGAAAGAAUGGACAACGCGGACAAGGAGCCCCAGGACCACAAGGACCAGAAGGACCAGCCGGAGCUGCAGGACAAGACGGUGCACCAGGAGAGGAUGGAGCUCCAGGAGCCCAAGGAACUGAAGGAAUCGCCGGAGCACCAGGAAAAGACGGAGAGACCGGACCAGAUGGAGCCGCUGGAGAGGCCGGAGGUGAAGGAGCACCAGGACCAGACGCUGCCUACUGCCCAUGCCCACCAAGAACCGUCGGAUACGGAGAGGUUGACCAGCCACAGGCUGAGCAAUCCGGAUACAGAAGACGUGCUGCUAGACGGCUCUAGAUGCUCGGAGUUUUUUGUCUGUAAAUUUCUUGAAAUGAAAAUUUUUUGUAGAAAUAAACCAUUUUUCCUAUU